GAAGACAAGAGCAAAAGGUUCUGACCGGCCAAUAAGUAGUUAAAUUAAUCAUCCUGUUUAGUUAAAGGGACCGCUCAAUAUUCUAUUAAAUGUUACACAACUAUGUAGUGAUCACAUCCAUCUUUGUUUUUCUGUAAACAAGAUAUUAUAAAGGCCCUGCUGGGCUAGCUAGCAACACACCUGUAUCACAAGUUUCUUUCUCUUAAUUGUUUCCUCUCAAGCACUCAUGGCUUCCACUGAUGAGAUACUCCAGGACUUCUCCCCCUUUUUCCGAGUCCUAAAAGGUGGCGAGGUGGAGCGAUUAGUAGGGAACCAUACAGUCCCUGCAUCAGUUGAUCCGGUCACAGGCGUCCGAUCCAAGGAUGUCUUGAUCAAUGCAGAGUGUGGUAUUUCUGCUAGACUUUACGUGCCAAAAUCCGUAAACACUGAUGAGAAACUUCCACUCUUUGUUUAUUUUCACGGAGGUGCUUUUGUUAUUGAAACUGCCUUUUCUCCGCUCUAUCACUGUUUUCUCAACAACCUUGUAGCUGAGGCCAACAUUAUGGUUUUCUCUGUGGAUUACCGCAGAGCCCCUGAAAAUCCACUACCCAUCGCGUACGAGGACUCAUGGUCUGCCAUUGUAUGGGCAGCUUCUCAUUCCUCUGGAAAGGGUCCAGAUGCGUGGCUGAAUAAGUACGCUGAUUUUCAAAGAGUGUUUUUUGGUGGUGACAGCGCGGGGGCUAACAUAGCACAUAACAUGGCCAUGCUUUCAGGGUCAGGAAAUUCAGAUGGUGUGCAAGUUGAAGGGAUUGUUCUGGUGCAUUCAUAUUUUUGGGGGAAGGAAGCCGUGGGGGGUGAACCUCUCGACCCGCGAAGUAGAGCCUUUAUGGAGAAGUUGUGGCUUUUUGUCAAUCCAAGUAGUAGGGGCUUGGAUGACCCUCUGAUUGAUCCAGGUUCAGACCCGAAGAUUUCGAACCUGGGGUGCAAGAGAGUCAUAGUAUUUGUGGCUGAGAAAGAUGGUUUGAGGCAUAGGGGAGUGUAUUACAAAGAAUUGCUGGAAAAGAGUGGGUGGGGAGGAAAAGUUGAAUUUGUGGAAUCAAAAGAUGAGGAUCAUGUAUUUCAUCUGUUUAAUCCCACAAAUCAGAAUGCUGUGUUCAUGGUGAGGUCAAUCGCCUCAUUCAUAAACGAAGGGAAAUCAAAGCAAGUUCGUGUUUAGUGAUUGCAAUAAUUCCCCGCCAAAUAUAUCAAAUAAAUUGUUCAUAUUAUAUGCACAUGAAUAAGCACUUUGAUUAAGUUUGUGUCAUUCUCAUGUUUUAUUUGAGUUCAAGUCUGAAGAUUACAUUCUGAAUUCAGAAUCCUUGGUUCUGUGUUACAAAAUUUGUGGAACCACAAAUAUAGAGAAGUGCAGAGGUUUUGCUUCUUACUUCUGUGAGGUCAUAGGUGAGUAACAGCCACGAAGCUCUCACCGUUCUCAGGGAUCUUAGAACAUAGUUCUAUUUAGUGAUCAACAAUGUUAUAUGUGGGGAUACCAUUUUU